GUUAAAGAAGCUUCAAAUGAACACCGAAACAAUGAUUUUAAUAUUCUAAACAAUAAUAAACAAUUAACAAAUGGCCAACUACUGCCAUAACUAUUUUUCAAAAAUUGGUAUAGAUAUGGCAACUAAAAUCAAUUCUGUAGAUGACUUCCUAAUAAGAUAUCCACCUCUAAUCAAUUCAAUGGCAUUAAAUCCUGUCAAUAAAAAUGAAUUAAUAGAACAUAUAAAUUUGUUAAAAAAUAACAGUGCUCCUGGGAUUGACGGAAUUACAUCUAGAAUGUUGAAAAAUGAUCACCGAUACAUAAUAGAGCCUCUAAUGCACAUUAUAAACCUAAUCUUUACAACAGGUAAGAUACCGGAAGAACUUAAAAUAUCAAUUAUAAAUCCAGUUUUUAAAAACGGAUCCAAAAAAGAUGUGUCAAAUUACAGACCAAUUAGUCUGAUUACAAAUUUUGCAAAAAUGUUUGAAAAAUGUUUAAAAAAAAGAUUAUACGAAUAUCUAAUUGAUAAAAAGAUUUUAAAUGUUAAACAGUUCGGGUUCCAAAAAGGUAUUAGCACUUGUGAUGCCAUGUAUGAAUUGAUAUUUAAUAUAAAAAACAGUCUUGAGAAUGAAAAUAAAAAUAUAAGUAUUUUCAUCGACCUCGCGAAAGCUUUUGACACUGUUCCUCACAAGCAACUACUAAAUGUUCUUGAACAUUAUGGCAUUCGAGGAUUGGUUUUAAAAAUUUUUGAAAAUUACCUACACGAGAGAACACAGAUAGUUAAAAUUAGAAAUGAAUUUAGUAAUCCUGUUAAAAUUCAAAUAGGUGUGCCACACGAACUGUCCUUGGUCCAAUUCUUUUUAUCAUCUAUAUUAACUCUCUUUUAAACUUAGAUAUAAAUGGUAUAGCAAUAUCCUAUGCAGAUGACACCGUAUUAUUAUUUGAAGGUAAAACCUGGGAGGCUGUAAAAUUAAAAGUGGUUAAAGGGGUAAGAAUUAUGAAAGACUGGUUGGAUUAUAAUAAACUAUCUUUAAAUAUAUCGAAAACAGUAUAUAUGGCAUUCUUAGUCACAGAUGCUAACAGGCGUAACUUCAAACAGAUUUGUAUUGAAGAAUCCAAAUGCAUCAUCAAAGAAGUGGAAAAUGCCAAAUAUUUGGG